ACAGGUACCAAAUCGGUGUUGCCGGAAUCCUCCACCACAUAGUUGCUUCGAGCCAGCUGUUUGUUUUACGUGCUCUAAGGACAUCCAAGUCCUUUACAUCUGUCCAGUGCUUGCAGUCGGCAGCAGCAAAUUUUCACCCAAAUUUUCCUUCGACUCCCGUGCGGACCUCAAAGCUCGGAUUCCUCACUUGCUGUAGGCCGGAACCUUGCUGGUCGUUAAACACGAAGACCGCCUCUUCCAGACUUCCAAUACGUGUGCACAUACCCGUCGUUAUGAUUCGGUUUACUCGUGGUGCUGUCAACGUUAGGCUGUAUAGCAAGAGAAUACCGAAUGCUCGUCUUCUCCCACCCUUGAUACAGUCACCUAGCUUGAAAUUCGAACGUCAAGCGCGUACCUUCAGCCCUGUCAGUCGGAAUUUCUCCCUAUGGCCCUCAUUUUCAUCGAAAACUCCAACGUCGCAACCACCUGAACCACUUUCCACUGAUGUAGUUGAUACAAGCAUUCCUGCGGCAGAGGUUCUCCCUUCAACACCCUCGGAGAUUUUUGCGUUCCCGGAAACAAUUCCCUCCGACCUCGUAGAAACCACUACUGCGGUUAUCGCUCCUCUACAACCCGGUGACCUGGCAUCCAUGGGCCUUGCAGCAUAUACUCCCGCCGGUGCUUACCAGGCCUUCCUGGAAUAUCUAAACUACACCACCGGUCUUCCAUGGUUCUGGACAAUUGUCGCGGGAGCAGCUAUAAUGCGAACAUUCGUUAUACCCUUCACCAUCGGCUCGAUGAGGCAGACUGCACUAAUGCCCGCUGUGACCAAGGAAGUCGCGCCUCUCCGCGACGAGAUGCAGCUUGCCGCCGCCAGUGGAGACCGUCAACGUCAGAUGCAAAUCUACCUGGCGAUGCGAGACGUGCAAAGAAAGCAUGGCAUCAGCUUAGGGAAAACGUUCUCUGGCAUUUUCUCUCAGAUGCUCGUUUCGGUUAGCGCGUUCUUGGGGGUGAACGGGAUGUGCCAGUUGCCUGUACCUCAACUGACGCAGAGCGGAGUGUCAUGGGUCACGGAUCUGACGGUGAUGCCUCCAACUUCAAUGUCCGUCGCGUUUGCUUCCAUGGUUCUCGUUCAAACCAUGCUUGCCUCUCGAGAGCAGGAUCCUAAAGAUCCUAAAGCUAAGACGAUGAAAAUGUUAGCAGCAGCUGCGCCAGUUCUUUCAUACUGGGGCAUAACCCAUUUCGAACUCUCAGCGGGCACUGUUGUCUCCAUGUUCGCUUUCUCUUUCGUACACAUUAUCCAGACGGUUAUUUUGCAAAUUCCGCCUAUCCGUGCGCUUGUUGGUCUCCCUCCACUACCAAGCCGAGCAAAUCCCAAAAUUCUGGAGGAAAUCCCAGUCAUUCCUCAAAAAAUUGAAGAAUUUCCCGAUCGUGUGGGUACUGUAGACCUAACUUGGAACAUCAAUAGCAAGCCUUAG